UGUUUUGCAUUCAGUGCCUCAUUUAAUCUUCACAAAAGUCCAAGGAGACAGGGAUGACCACUAACCAUUUUAUAGAUGAAGUAGCAGGGGUGCAGAAUAGCUGGGUAAACUACUGGAGUGGUAAAUGAGACUGAAAUCAAGGCCAACUUCAAAGAUCAUUGUCUUUUCCCUAUCCUAUGCUGCCUCUAAUUUAAGAAACCUUUUAAUUAGAGAGAGAAAAACGGUCUUCAUUAACAUGAAAUACAAUAGGAAAGAAAGCCACAGGUCACUGUGUGUGUCUGUGUGUCUGUGUGUGUCUGUGUGUGUGAAAUGAGUUCUGGGCCAAGUCCUAUUGCACUGUGAGGCAAGGUUCACCAAACAGGUCCAGCCUUGGUGUCUAUAAUUCAUCCAUUAUAAUUAACCCCAGGGUUAAGGUAUUGUUUCUGAAGCCUGAUUGAAAUGCAGAUAUGUAACCUGGGAAGACCGACGAGAUCUCUCAAUUACAAACCUAAUUAAAGAGCUGGCCCUUUGAGAACUUGACCCGACUGGUCCCAGAGUCGGGAAAGGCGGGGACUGCCUGGACAUCCAUGCGGGAGAGGUCCCCAGGUACAGGAAAGCAGGUGAGGAAGGGGUGUCCGGAGUGGGGGGAAUUAGUCAGUGAGCCUGCAGGGGUUAGAGCUGAGCCAAAAACAAACUUCGCCUUCUGAACAAUUCUGUGGGGAAGGAGCGAGAAAUCCACCUUGCCCUCUUAAUCCAGGACUCUUCGUGAAUCUCAAAGACAAAUUUCCCGAGGUUCACCAUCUUCCAGUUCCCGGCGCCUCCGGACGGGGGGUGGGGGUCAACUCAGGGGCAAUUAAACUCGGCCGCAGCAGCCUACUCACGGCUCUCUGCCCAAGCAGCGGGGUCUGCAGCUUUAACCCUUUCCCUCGGGACUCCUGCGCAGGGGGCAGCGUUCCCUUCCCCACACCGCGCCCGCGGCUCGACAACUGGGCAUGCUCAGUCGCCGCCCGCGUUAUGCUUCCAGGGAAACCUCUGCAAGCCCUACCCGGGUUGCUCUCGGUCGCCACCCGGGGUCCAUCCCAGCUUGCUCCGCUCCGCGCGACCCAGAUUCCUGCCCCGCCCCCGCCCCUCCCGCGCCCGCAGCCAGUGCUGCAGCCGGCAGCCGAGGCCACCCUGGUCCAGGCUAGGCGCCGGGGACCCACCGCGUCGAUUUCCGCGGCGGAGUGCGCAGCUGUAGCGCCUGGGGGACCACGGAGAUGGAGACCCGACUGCCGCGUGCCAGGACCUGCUGAGCUGCCGCUGCCCAAUCCAGCUUACAUUUACUUUGACAAAGGCAAAUUUGGAAGCAAUUACUUGAGGACAGUCUGGAUAACAGCUGGGUAGUCAAAACAGGCACAAUGAAGCACUUUCUGAGAAUGUUGAUCCAGGUGUGCCUGUAUUUCUACUGUAAAUUUUUGUGGCGCUGCCUGAAAUUUGUAAUGAGAAAGCUGACUGGAAGAUGUGAACUGCAACGGAUUUGUUACAACACCAAGCCUGGAGCUUCUAGAACCAUGAAAAUCGAAACAUCACUGAGGGAUUCAAAAAGUAAGCUAUUGCAGACUUCAGUAAGUGUUCACCCUGAUGCUAUUGAAAAAACUAUAGAAGACAUCAUGGAACUGAAAAAAAUUAACCCUGACAUAAAUCCACAGCUGGGAAUCUCUCUUCAGGCUUGCCUUCUACAAAUUGUUGGGUACAGAAACCUUAUUGCAGAUGUGGAAAAGUUGCGUAGAGAACCCUAUGAUUCUGAAAAUCCCCAACAUGAAGAAAUGCUUCUUCAGUUAUGGAAAUUCUUGAAGCCCAAUACUCCACUGGAAUCUCGGAUUUCUAAGCAAUGGUGUGAAAUUGGGUUCCAAGGUGAUGAUCCUAAAACAGAUUUUCGAGGAAUGGGACUUUUGGGACUGUACAAUUUGCAGUACUUUGCAGAAAGAGAUGCUGCAGGAGCCCAGCAGGUCCUGUCUGAUUCUCUUCAUCCAAAAUGCAGCAAAUUCAGCAAAGCAGAAUGGGAGAAGAAAAGGAUGGAUAAAGCAAUUGGGUACUCAUUUGCAAUUGUGGGCAUCAAUAUAACCGAUCUGGCAUAUAAUCUACUGGUGAGCGGAGCUCUGAAAACUCACUUCUACAACAUCGCCCCAGAAGCCCCAACAUUGUCUCAUUUCCAGCAGACGUUCUGCUAUUUGAUGCACGAGUUUCAUAAGUUUUGGAUUGAAGAGGACCCCAUGGACAUAAUGGAAUUUAAUCGUGUGCGAGAGAAAUUCCGCAAGAGGAUCAUAAAACAGUUGCAGAACCCAGACAUGGCAUUGUGCCCACACUUUGCUGCCUCGGAAGGUUUAAUCAACAUGUAGUCACCCACACUGGUUUUAAUGGAUACCCCGGAACACUGCCUCAUUAUUGUGUUAGAUCUCUGCUUAGGCCCCAGCUCACACACUGAAUGCACACAGUGAUUGUAUGCAUGCCUGUUGGUACAGUAUUUUCAUAUCUUGGUCAUUAAUUACCAGAUCCCCAGAUACCACAAUUUCUGGAGUAUCUGUCAUCCAGUGACUGCUCAUAUUGUGGCAUUAUGCAGUGUUACAUCUUGCCUUGACACCCAGGUAUGGAGAGAGUUUUCUAUUUUUUUAGAUUGUUUUCCUCUCCCUCAUAAUGCAGCAUUGAAGAAUUGUAUUUCUCUAGCUGUAUUUUGUAUGUAAAAGAUUUAGCUGAAUCUCAUUCUGUGAAAGCCUUUUAAUUUAUUGAUAUGUUUCAUGACCACAAGCGCUAGCUUUUCAAGCCAGGUUCAUGCUUGGCCCUCAUUCCAAUAAAGUAUAAGACUUUAAAAUAAUACAGACAGACACAUGAUAAGCCAAAAUCAUUCCUGCAAACAGCUGUGCUUCAUGAAAAUGUAACAAGGCUUACAAGAAGCAAAUUUAGGUAGGUGCUGUUUUUGUUUGAAGUACCACAGAAUUAUAUUGUCAACUUACCCCCAGUUGCAAUGUGUCAUAGGCAUCUGAACAUUAAAUUAUUUUAUUCUCAUAAUUUUACUGGCGUGGAUGCCUGGAUAUGUUUAUGAUGCUUGGAGCCUCAGGAAAGAAGUAUGCAUACUGCAAAAGCUGCAAAAGCUCUUUCACUGCCUGCUGCUUGCUGAACUCAGAGUUGUACCCUGGCACUGUUCUGAUCUGAGCAUCUUUGCUUGGGGACUGAGUGCUGGCAGGUUUGUUGUCUAGGUCAAGAGGUCAUAUUAAAAAAAAUAAUUUUCAAGAAAAUAUGUUGCAAGAGAGGGACCUGAGAUACUUCAUUCUGUAAUAUAUCUUGGAAAAAAAAUGACCUUGUCUUGUAUCAGUGGAAGAAGUAAAUUGCUUGGAAAGGGAACAAAAUCAAAUCAUUUCUGAACUGCUAAAAAUCAUUUUAAAAACCAUGAUUUAGUUUGGAAUUCUGAUUGUAGUCUGUUGAAUAGUAUUUACCAUGGCAUUUCAUACCCAUGGUAUUUUAUACCUUCUGACUAUCGAUUUUAGUAUUAUUAGACGUUUGUGUAAUCACUUGCUUAUUUAAAUGAAUUUUGAGUACUGCCUAACUGUCGGUUAUGAAUAAAUUACAUGUCAUUCUACUGUAA